AUGAACCGGGAGCUACUGAAAUCAGACCUCAACAUCUCAAGCUUCUUCCGACCGCAAACCUUCCUACAUGCACUUCGACAGGAAACCGCCCAUUCCCUCCACGAACCGCUUGUCUCCCUGCAGCUUGUUACCGCACUUUCUACUCCGCCUGAAGGGGCACCGCUUUCAGUUUGUUUGGAAGGGAUUUUGCUGCAAGGGGCCUUUAUUGACAGUUCCGACGUGCUGCAGCCAAUCGAAACGGCCGAUGAACCUGCACUCUUCCCUAUGCCGAAAGUUUAUGUGGCAUGGAUGUCAAAGCCACCCCUGUCAAAAGCUUCAAUUGCCGUCUCGCUUUACACGAACGCAACGAAGGAGAAAUUUUUGAUAGACUUGAUGCUGCCAUGUGCCAGUGAGGCGGAUGUUAAGACGUUUAUUUUGGCAGGUGUCUCCCUUUUGCUUGAGCCGUAG